UUAUCAACAAAGAAGUUGCAUUUGUAUCAGCAGCAAACAAAUCGACGUGUUAUGACAUAGAUAAGAGAAAGAUACUUUCCGCAAUGCAGGACAACCUCAGAGAAAAAUAUGGUGAAUUAGAGUUCUCAGCAUUUGAUUGUCCUUUGUCAAGAACACAUGAAAAAGAAGAAGCCAUCGACGACGUACAAAAGAAAAUAAAGAGAUUCAUUCUCACAAAUCUUCAUUUUGGUAUCAUCGCAAUAGUCGGUCUCCUUGUCUUAGUUGGCCUCUUCAUUGUGAUUUGUCGUCGGUUGAAAAGUUUCAGAGUCAAACGCUUGUCCUCAAAGAUUAGCCAAGUGACCAGACGCCCAACCAUAAGAAGAACUCAAAUCUAUCACGACAUCGACGAAACCCUUAUAAUGCACGAACCAGAUGAAAUCAAAAUAGAAAAUACGAGUUCAUACACAUUACUCCAAAAGGAGGUAGAAUCUCCUCAGAAUCAUUCCAAGGAAGAGUCAAAAGAAAAAGACCAGGCUCAACAGAAAUCAAAUCCAUCAACAUUGCAAGAAUUACCAGAUAUACAUGAAGCAAUCAAACAAAAGGACACUUCAGCCCAGCACACGAACAAAUCAAAAGUUUCCCAGACAGAACAUGGUGAAAAAGGAUUAAAACUUGAACAAAUUCAAGGUGAAAUCAAGAAAAAACUGCUGGAGAAAUUUGAAUUGACUAGAUAA